CUUUCCCCCCCUUCCAGUCCUGGACACUUUCACACCCCCCUUCCAGUCCGGACACUUUCCCCCCUUCCAGUCCGGACACUUUCCCUCCCCCUUCCAGUCCGGACACUUUCCCCCCUUCCAGUCCGGACACUUUCCACCCCCUUCCAGUCCAGACACUUCCCCCUCCCCUUCCAUUCCGGACACUUUCACCCCCUUCCAGUCCAGACACUUUUCCCCCCCUUCCAGUCGGGCUACUUUCCCCCCCUUCCAGUCCGGGCACUUUCUCCCCCCCCCCUUCCAGUCCGGACACUCUCACCCCCUUUCCAGUCCGGACACUUUCACCCCUUUUUUUCCAGUCCGGACACUUUCCCCCCUUCCAGUCCGGACACUUUUUCACCCCCUUUCCAGUCCGGA